AUGAGCCUGGAGCUUCCUUUUCAAAAGGCAGAGUGUGUUCCUGUGCAGUCUGUAGCUGAGAGCGACUCUGACAGUGGGAUGGGCUCUCCGGCUCCAGAGAGGGAGAAGACACAGGAGCCACCGGUGGAUUCUGAGGAAGAGGACAUUGUCACACAGAGAAAACCUCGUCGUCCAGCCAUCUGUGAUAGCGACAGUGAAGAGGAGACUCCAGCAGACCCCUGCCAGGACCCCAGCCUCCACAGCGACCAGGAUAUCCAUACGGCCCAGGCUUUGUUGCUAUCCCUCUCCAGUGAUGAAGACUGCACUGAGCCAAGUGAAGCAAAGAGAAGUGUGGGGAGAAAGCACCGUAUCCACCGUGCUCCUGUGGACAGUGACGAAGAUGAGGAGAAAGAGAAGGAAGAGGAGAGACCCAGAGACAAACCAAAGCGGGACAAAAGUCAGAGACACGAGCAGAAGGAGAGACGCAGUAAAACUGUGAACAAAGGGAAGGAGAGAAGGAGGAGGGUCCCUGAAGAGGAGCAGUCUCUCUCUCGGCUGAACGACAGUGGGUUUCCUCUCAUGGACACAGAGCUAUUUGACACUGGUCUCAAUGAUGAUGAUGAUGAUGAUGAAGAGUCUCUGGAUGUCAUCACAGCUGCCGUCAAGAAGAAGCUGAAGAAACACAAGGAAUCGUCUGUGUUCAAAGAUGAAGAGGAGUCUGAGAAACCCCAGCGAGUGGAGCGAAAAGCAGCACGAGCAAGUAAAGAGGCCAUGAAGCAGCUACAUAGUGAGACUCAGAGACUCGUCAGAGAGUCCACCCUGGGUUUGCCAUAUCACGUCCCUGAACCGAAGACCAUUGACCAGUUCUUCAGGAAGAGGGCACGACCGGAGGGACCUGCUAUGGCUCUGCUCAAGUCUACAAAAUAUUCUGCCAUUUUGUCUAUCCCGCCCCCAUCCGAACCAGUGCCUCCCUCUCCUGAACCAGACCUACCAAGUCCAUCUUUAGACCUCCCUCCAGUCCAGACGGAGCUCCCCCACCCGAGUGCCACCUCCUCCCCACAGAAAGACUCUCUCUCUCAGCUUGAGGACACUCCCUGUACCUCCACAGACGCCCAGUCCGACCAGGCCCCUGAACCACUGCUGUUUCUGUCUGAGAGUUUGCAAGAAGAUAAAGCUGGAGCUGAGGCUGAGCCUGUGGUGGUGAUGGAGGAGGAGAAGCAUGUCUUUGUGGAGGAGGUGAAAGAGGAGUUGAAGCCUAGGAAGGACAAGCGUUCGAGGCUCAGAGAACUGGGACUGGACCCUCCUCCUGUUGCCAAGCUCUGCCCAGACGAAGGAGCAUUUGUGCAUUUGGAUCCACCACAACCAAACAUCGGUGUGGAGCUCUUAAAGGCUCGGUACCUGCGUCACGUCAUAGCUCCAGUGCAGCCUCAGAAAGAGCGGCCUCUGCAGGUGAACAUUGUGAGGAAAGAGAUUGGAACCUCAGGGAAAGAGGAGCUUCUCUCUGAGACUAUGACUGUAACCAUGAAGGAGGAAGAAGAGAAACCAGCACUGACCAAACCAGGAGCAAAGCUGUUGUCUCUAAAGGAGCGUCUGCAGCUGGCGAUGGCUCAGAGGAGGAGAGAGGAGCGAGCGAGGAAAGCAGAACUGAACAGACUAGACAACGAGGAGGGAGAGGAGGAGGAGGAGGAGGAGGAGAUGACUGACUCUGAGGCAGAGGGCGUGGAGGAGCUGUUGGGAGCAGAUGAACCGGAGGAGGAGGGCAAUGUGGCUCCCAGCAUCAGGAACGUGUCUCGUGCUCCUGUGACUCCAGACCUCCUUCACACUGAGGGGACUCUACUCUUGUUCCCAGGAAACUCCUGCUCACGUACCGGUGACGGUUUGAGAAGAGCAGGUGCCUCCGGACAAGACGGCAGCAGCAAAAUGGAGGAGGAUGACUCUUCGUCCUUGAUGAAGGACCACAGUCACAACAGCAGUUUUGAUCUUCCUGGUUCGAUGCUGACUUCGUACCAGCCAGUGACUCGCGGCGCCCCCAGAGGCCUGUGUGCGUCAGUGUUCCGCUCGCCCUCCCCCUCUCUGUUCAGGCCCAGCUUCCUUGGCUCGGCCUCAAAAAGUUCUGGUAAGCUGUCGGAGCCGUCUCUCUGCUUACCUGUGGAGGACUCUCAGGACCUUUACGCCCCUCCCUCCCCAGACUCUGGUCCUCUGGUGGGGGAGGCCUCUGCUCCUCUCUCCCUGGGCCGCUUCUCUCUGGAGGAUGAGCCUCACUCUCAACUGCUGGACGCCGACGGGUUCCUGAACGUGGGGCCCAGAGUCGGAGCGCCGGCCUCCCACAAACGGCAGCUGGUCCUGGGCAGUCUGGAUGAGAACGCCAUGGACGCCAACAUGGGCGAGCUCAUGGGCCUCUGCUCAGGGGCCUUCACGGGGCAGAAGGGGGAGGGACUGGGGGAGGAGGAGCUUAUCGGACUGUGCUCUGGAGCUUUCCCACAAACUCAGGCUGAAAACAAUAUGUUACACAAGAAGGAAGAGGAGGAGAGCAGAGAGGAGAUGGAGCUGCUGGGCCUCUGCUCCGGAAAGUUUCCCAGUCAAAGUCCGUUGAAUACCUCACCUUAUAAAAACAGCACUGACAAACCUGAAGAGAAACCUGACGAGGAGGAAGAAGAGUACGAGUUCAAGUUUCUGUCUGAUGAAGAAAGUCAAACGGGACAGAAUGAGGGUGAGGAGAGCAGUGGAGAAGAGGAAGAGGUGGAGGAGGACCAUGAGGUGGAGGAGGAGGAGAUGGAGGCAGUUUUCGCUCCUCACAAAGCCAAGAAGAAGAAGAAAAUGCGGUUGGCAGACUACCUGGAGUCGGAGGCGGAGCUGUCGGGGUCAGACAUGGGCAGUGAUGAUGACGAUGAUGCAGACGACAGCGAAUACGAAGAGGAGGAGAUUCUGGAGGAUCUGCCUUCUGAUGAGGAGCUGCACAACCAGGUCAACAAGAUCCACAUGAAGCAAGUGAUGGACGAGGAUAAGAGACGUCUGCGUUUGUACCAGGAGAGGUAUUUGGCGGACGGAGACCUGCACUCAGACGGACCAGGACGAGCUCGCCGCUUCCGCUGGAAGCACAUGGACGAUGGGUUCUUCACAGACAGAGGAGUAGACGGAGCUGAGGAAGAGGAAGAGGAUGAAGAACUGGACCUCACAGAAGUCCAAAGACGAAGAGAGAGACUGGAGAGAGAGCAGUGGCUGCGAGACCAGUCUGAAACAAAGGGGAAACCAUCUGAAGUCGACCCAGAGGAGCAGCAGAUUGGGGAGGAGGACAGUCGCUUCAUGAAACUGGCCAAAAAACUGACUCAGAAGAAACUAGAGAAGAAAGAGCCUCCAGAGGUCCCUGCAGCUGAGAAGAAACCCACUGUUGCUUUGAAUCCUUUCCAAAAGCCCAUUCAACACUUACCGGUGAGGAGGGGCUCUCUCCUCAGCCAGCCUCAGUCCAUGCUACAGAAACUGGCCUGUAUAUCAGACGGGAACCCUCUGGCCACAAGGAACUCCAGAGGCUUCCUGUUCCAGACCCUGUCCCCGGAGAAGGAGGGGACAAAGGACAACACCCACAGACAGGUGAAGCGCAGUGCCUCAAAUUUCCAGAACUCUGCUCCGAAGAGAAUCUGUAGAGAAAACAAACCUCCGUCUGUGACUCAGAGAAGUGUCUUCAGCUUCCUGGGACACUGA